AUGGCUGGCCUCUCUGCUGUACCCCUGUCAUUAGCCGUCCCAGCCGUGGCCGCAGUUGCGGCAUAUAUCAAUGCCCGCUGCCUAGUGUCGUAUGAUCUCCGUCUGCUUGGGUCCCUCUUGCCAACGCUGGCCAAUGUGGCCUGGUGGAAGUCUCGUGGACAGGUGAACCUCUUUUACCGUCUGGAAUCCUUGGCAACCUCGAAAUCGUCCCAGGACCGCGAUUUCCUUCGCUGGGAGGAUAAGUCUUACACGUAUGCCCAGGCGUACGACAUUGUACUGCGCUAUGCCAACUGGCUGAGUGCGCAGCGAGGCGUUAAGAAGGGCGAACUCGUUGCCCUGGACUUCCAGAACACCGACACCUUUCUCUUCCUCAUCCUCGCCCUCUGGGCAAUUGGUGCCCGCCCGGCCUUGAUCAACUACAACCUGAGCGGCAAGCCGCUCGUGCACUGCAUCAAGCAGGCAGAAAGCCGACUCGUCUUGGUCGACCCCGUGGUUGCUGGGAAUGUUGGUGACGAUGUCCGGUCGGAUCUUCCCGAUGUCGCCUUCGAGGUUGUGAACCCGGAGCUGGAGCUGCAGAUACUGCAGACGGACCCUGUUCGGCCUCCGGAUGACGUUCGAGAAGACCCAAAGAGUACUCUUGACAUGGCCAUGUUAAUCUUCACGAGCGGGACAACUGGUUUACCGAAAGGGGCCAUUGUCUCCUGGGCCAAAAUCCUGGUCAUCGGCGGGUUUUCCGGCAGGUUGAUUGGGAUCAAAUCGAGCGACGUUUUCUAUUCGGCAAUGCCACUGUAUCACAGCACAGCAAUGCUUCUUGGGUUCAUCCACACGCUCUUGGCUGGUGCCACAUAUGCUAUGAGUCGUAAAUUCUCGACGAGCAACUUCUGGGAAGAUAUUCGAAAGCAUGACGCGACCAUCACUCAGUAUGUUGGCGAGACGUGCCGGUAUCUCCUGGCAGCGCCUGCCGCGAUAGAUCCAGUCACGGGUGAAAAUCUUGACCGCAAGCAUUCUCUGCGAAUCGCCUUUGGAAACGGUUUGCGGCCCGACGUGUGGAAUCGCUUCAAGGAGCGCUUCGGGAUAGAGACCAUCGUUGAGUUUUAUGCUGCAACCGAGGGCAACUUCGCCACAUGGAAUAUAAGCCGGAACGACUUCAGCACGGGCGCGGUGGGUCGCGGUGGAAGUCUGUAUUCCUUCCUCCUUGGCAAAACCUACGCCAUUGUCGGGGUCGACCAUGACACAGAAUUGCCUUACCGAGACCCCAAAACCGGCUUCUGUUCCCGGACGCCUACCGGGGAGCCGGGCGAAUUGCUGUUCAAGCUUCCAGCCAGCGAUGUCGAGUCCAGGUUCCAGGGCUACUACGGGGACAAGGACGCGACCUCGAAGAAGGUCAUGCGGUCAGUGUUCACAGAGGGGGAUGCCUGGUUCAGGACCGGGGAUGUGCUACGCUGUGACCAAGAAAACCGCUUGUGGUUUAGCGACCGGAUCGGUGACACGUUUCGCUGGAAGAGCGAGAAUGUUUCAACUGCCGAAGUCUCACAGUGUGUCGGACUGCACCCAGAUGUCGUCGAGGCCAACGUGUACGGGGUUCAGGUCCCGAACCACGAGGGGCGUGCAGGAUGUGCUGCCGUCAUCUUCAGGGAGGGAGCCUUCCCGGUUGGUGACACAUUAAAGACACUGGCCGAGCAUGUUACAACGGGUCUACCGAAGUAUGCGAGGCCCCUUUUUCUCCGAGUCGUAAGUGGCGGGGCCUUGCAAAGUACGGGUACAAACAAACAGCAAAAGCACCACUUACGCAACGAAGGCGUAGAGCCGGGGAAGACCGGCAGUGACGAGAUUUUCUGGCUCAACGGUGGGACAUAUGUAAACUUCUACCCGACGGAUUGGAAAUCCCUGCAAGCGGGCCAGGCAAAGCUUUGA